AGCACUGAGUGAUUAUGCUUUGAAGUGUACACAUCCUCUUGCCUGGUGUAUCAUGGGCCCAUGGAGUAUCAAGGUGUGGUUGCUUAGCUGGGCCUUCUCCUGUACACUCGGUGUGGAAAUCAAACAUGCCAGACUGCCAAACCAUCGGGACCAUGUCUGCAGUACUUGGGGAAACAAUCACUUCAAGACCUUCGAUGGGGAUGUUUACCAGUUUCCAGGAACUUGUGACUAUAAUUUUGUGACUGACUGUAACUCACAAUAUAAAGAAUUCUCCAUUCAUAUUAAACGCACUAUUUCCAAGGGGCAUCCCAAAAUACAUGGCAUCACAGCAAAAAUCAAGGAUAUUGUGAUUUACAUGACACCAAAAUUUACGGUCAUCAGUGAUGAAAUAGUCUCGCUUCCAUAUUUUGGCCCUGGUUUCUAUGUGGAACAGAAUGUUCAGUACACUAAGCUGUAUGGGAAGUUUGGACUGACUCUAAUGUGGAACAGGGAAGAUGCUCUCAUGGUUGAGCUUGAUGUAAAAUAUCACAAUCAGACCUGUGGGCUUUGUGGAGAUUAUAAUGGCAUUCCUGUUUACAAUGAGUUCACUGUAGAUGGACAACAAUUUUCACCCAUCCAGUUUGGAAACUUGCAGAAAAUUCAUCUUCCAAAUGAAAAGUGUCAAGACGUGGAUGAGCAAGCUAUGGAAACCAGUUCUUUAUGUGAACAAUACAGGGUGGCCUGUGAAAAUCUCCUCUCAAGAAGCUCAUUCUCAGACUGUAAAUUCCGCUUGAACAAUGAGCAUUACAUACGGGCCUGCAUGCUGGACCUGUGCAGUUGUGAGAAAGUUUUGGACUCCUUUUGCCUGUGCAGUACUGUCUCCGAAUACUCACGGCAAUGCUCUCAUGCUGGAGGGAAACCAGAGAACUGGAGGACUGAAACGUUUUGCCCAAAGAAAUGCCCUUUGAAUAUGAUCUACAAGGAAAGUGGCUCUCCCUGUAUGGACUCCUGUUCUCACCUCCAUACAAGCAGCCUGUGUGAGGAGCACUAUAUGGAUGGGUGCUUCUGCCCCCCAGGAAUGGUGAUUGAUGAUUACUCUGACUCUGGAUGUGUCAAAGUGGAGGACUGCAAAUGUACAAUGAAAGGCAAACAUUACAACUCAGGCACCUUGCUUUCAACUGAGUGUGAAGAAUGUGUCUGCAGAAGUGGCAAAUGGCUAUGCAAGAAUCUGCCUUGUCCUGGUAUAUGCUCUUUUGAGGGGGGAGCACAUGUUUCCACUUUUGAUGGGAUGAAAUACACAUUUCAUGGCAACUGCUAUUACAUUCUUUCCAAGGAUUGUGAUCAGCAACAUUAUACAUUACUGGCAGAGAUCGUGUCUUGUGGAACAACACCAACUGAAACCUGCCUAAAAACUGUGGUGCUAUCAACAGACCAUAAACACAAUAUCCUCGUUUUUAAAGAUAGCGGAAAUGUUAUCAUGAAUGGUGUUAAGGUGACUUUGCCUCUGGUAACAGCAAAUUAUACCGUUUUCAAACCAUCGACAUUCCAUAUCCUGCUGGAGUCAAAAUUUGGCCUGCAGCUACAAGUCCAGCUGGUUCCUCGGAUGCAAGUCUAUGUAACUCUCGACCAGUUGUAUAAAGGAAAGACAUGUGGUUUCUGUGGGAAUUUUAAUGACAUCCUACACGAUGAUUUCAAGGCAAGUAAUGGAUUAGUGGAGGGCACAGCCGCACCAUUUGUAAAUUCUUGGAAAGCCCAGUGGAGCUGCUCAUCUGUAUCAGAGCAUCUGGAGGACCCCUGUGCUAUUAGCACUGAGAACCAAAACUAUGCAGAGUAUUGGUGCUCUUUUUUGAAAGAGCCUGGCGGAGUUUUCUCUCAUUGCCAUUCUACCAUCAGCCCAACCGAGUACUACAAGAAAUGUAAAUAUGACAGUUGUAACUGUUAUAAAAAUGAAGACUGUAUGUGUGCUGCUAUAUAUUCUUAUGUCCGAGCCUGUGCAAGCAAAGGGGUCAUAUUAACCAACUGGCGAGCAAACGUGUGCAGCUCUUACACAAAAACCUGCCCUGAGACGUCGACAUAUGACUAUGACAUGAAGAGCUGCAGGCGCACAUGUCACUCACUGAGUGAGAAGGAUGUCACAUGUGGAAUUCAACAUAUUUCAGUGGAUGGAUGUGGGUGUUUGGAAGGAACAUACAUGAAUGAAGAAGGCAAAUGUGUGCCCUCAUUCAAAUGCCCAUGCCUCUAUCAGGGCAGCCUCUUAAAUCCUGGAGAGGUGAUCAGAAUAGGAGACACACAUUGUGUGUGUAAAUACGGAAAGGUCCAGUGCAUUAGGUCACGAAGCAGAAUGAUGACAGCAUGUCAGCCACCGAAGAUUUAUUUCAGCUGCAAUACGACAGAGCCAGGCGUGACAGGAGCAGAGUGUCACAGGACAUGCGGGAACCAGAAUCUGGAUUGUUACAGUGAAAAGUGUGUGUCAGGUUGUGUCUGCCCUGAGGGGCUUUUGGACGAUGGGACAGGAAACUGUGUGAAGGAGGAGAAGUGCCCUUGUAUGCAUAAUAAUUUCCAUUACCAUCCAGGAAGCAGGAUUACAGUUGACUGUAACACUUGUACCUGUCAGAAAGGCAAUUGGAAAUGCACAGAUAUUCCCUGCUUCGGAGCUUGUAGAAUCUACGGGAGUGGUCAUUACAUCACAUUUGAUGGGUUGCGCUAUAAUUUUGAGGGGAAUUGUGAAUAUGUUGCCACCCAGGACUAUUGUGGAGUUGGUCACACCAAUGGUACCUUCAGUGUAAUCACUGAAAAUGUCCCUUGUGGAACAACUGGAACAACAUGCUCUAAAUCGAUCAAGCUGUUUUUCCAGAAUUUUGAACUGAAGUUAGCCGAAGGGAAACAUGAAGUAAUACAGCGGAAUGAAAACAAAAUGCUCCCUUUCACUGUCCGCACAGUGGGUCUUUAUCUUACAGUGGAAACUACUAACGGAUUGAUUAUAAUAUGGGACAAAAAAACCAGCAUUUUUAUUAAGCUGAGCCCUUCAUACCAGGGGAAUAUCUGUGGAUUAUGUGGUAACUUUGAUGGAAAUGCAAACAAUGACUUGAUGACAAGAAGCCAGUCAGUAGUCACAAAUAUCACGGAGUUUGGAAACUCCUGGAAGAUGGCGGCCACCUGCCCUGACGCUGUGCCUGAAUACGACCCUUGCAUUCAGAAUCCACACCGUAAAGCCUGGGCAGAGAAGCAGUGUGGAAUAAUUAUGAGCGAUGUCUUUAAAAAUUGUUCCAGAAUGGUUGACCCAAAUCCAUUUUAUGAAGCUUGUGUGCAUGAUUCUUGCUCUUGUGACAGUGGUGGAGACUGUGAGUGCUUUUGCACAGCUGUAGCUGCCUAUGCAAAUGCUUGCAAUGAUUCUGGGAUAUGUGUUGACUGGAGGACCCCUGAAAUCUGUCCUAUGUACUGUAGUUUCUACAACCCUUCCCCUGAGUUGUGUCAGUGGCAUUACCAUCCUUGUGGAGUCCCCUGCUUCAAAACUUGCCUGAAUCCUCAUGGUCUCUGCAAUGUCACGCUCCAGCUGGAAGGUUGCUACCCUAAGUGUCCCGACGAUGCGCCCAUUUUCAACGAACAUAUUGAGCAGUGUGUUGCUGAAUGUGGCUGUUAUGUAAAUGGAAAAUAUUAUGAAAUUAAUGAAACUGUGGAAACCAGCAAUAACUGUGAAGAGUGCCGGUGCACAAAGGACGGUGUUAACUGCAUGAACGAUAGCAGUGCAUGUGUCUGUAUAUACAAUGGCACAGUUUAUCAUCCAAAUGAGAUCAUCUACAAUAUAACUGAUGGCCUCGGAGACUGCUUUGUGGUAUAUUGUGCAGAUAAUGGAACAAUUAUUGGAAACGUUGUACCAUGUGGUACAAGCACCACAACCACAACCCCAUUGACAGUUUCAUCAUCUUCAAUCACAGCCAGUACAGCAAUUUUGACAUCAACUUCAACCGUUUCCACAACCAGCAAAGCACUGACCUCUACUUGUGUGAUAGUGGAAGAAUGUGAAUGGAGCAACUGGAUAAGUGUGAGCAUUCCCUUACAUGGGCAUGGGCAAGGUGAUUUUGAAACCUAUGAUAAAAUCAGGGAGCAUGGCCAUCCGAUAUGUGAAGCUCCGAGCAGGAUAGAGUGCAAAGCUAUACAUGCACCAGAAGUGGACAUUGAGGAGUUGGAACAGAAAGUGCAAUGCAAUGUAUCGUUCGGGCUCAUCUGCAGAAAUGAAGAUCAAGAUUUCAAGACAAAGUGCUAUGAUUAUGAAAUACAGGUACAAUGUUGUGACUACAUAUGUCAAUCUCCAACAACAGCAACUGAAUCAAUGACAACAAUAUCAGAAACAUCACAUUCUUCCAGCUCCACACACUCAAAAACAGAUACAUCUGUGCCUACAAACACACGCACAGUCACGACAGCACCCAUAACAGGAACAUCAAGUACCACACCUGAAAUCAGUACAACAUGCAAAACUGAAGUCACAGACACUACUGAAACUACAACUGUUAUGCAGACCACAAAAGUUACACACACACACGAGGUGUCCACAGGUACAACAUCUCAAACAACACAUAAAGGAUCCACAACAUCAGAAGCAACAACAGUUGCUACCACAAUAUUACAGACUCCAACGCCAUCAGAGGGCACAACAACAGGAAAUAUAACUGCACACUCGACAACAUCCACAAGCACAUCCACUCCAACAACAACAGUAGAAGAAACCAGCACACCAUAUCCUGUCAUCACAACUGAAUCAACAACUGCAAACACCACGGUUUCCAGAACAACUACAACAGGUACAUCUACACCCACAACCACACCCAUGGAUUCCACAACUUUAGUCACUGAGACGACAACACUAUCGAGCACCACAACUGAAAUGACGACAAUCUGUACAACUGAACCAACAGAAUCUGCAGAAACCUCAGCCACAAGUGCACACCCCGAGUUUUCCACGACAACUACAAUAGGUACAUCUACACCCACAUCCAAACAUAGUACACAAACAUCUCCCAGCUCACCAACACCAUCAGGCACCACACCUGAACCGAGUACAACACGCACAACUGAAGUAUCAGAAACUACAGAAAUUCCAACCACCACAAAGUCUACAACAGUUACACACAUACCAGUAGAGCCCACAAGCACACCAUCCCAAACAGAAUCUACAGUCUCCACCACCUCAGCAACACCAACUACUAGUACCACAACAUUGCACACGCUGACAUCAUCAGAGAGCACAACAACAGGAAAUAUAACUACACCCUCCACCACAUCCACAAGCACAUCCACUCCAACAGCAACAAUAGAACAAACCAGCACAACAUCUCCUAUCACCACAACUGAAUCAACAACUGCACACACCACGGUUUCCAGAACAACUACAACAGGUAUAUCUACACCCACAUCCAAACAUAGUACACCAACAUCUCCCAGCUCACCAACACCAUCAGGCACCACACCUGAACAGAGUACAACACGCACAACUGAAGUAUCAGAAACUACAGAAAUUCCAACCACCACAAAGUCUACAACAGUUACACACAUACCAGUAGAGCCCACAAGCACACCAUCCCAAACAGAAUCUACAGUCUCCACCACCUCAGCAACACCAACUACUAGUACCACAACAUUGCACACGCUGACAUCAUCAGAGAGCACAACAACAGGAAAUAUAACUACACACUCCACCAUAUCCACAAGCACAUCCACUCCAACAACAACAAUAGAACAAACCAGCACAACAUCUCCUAUCACCACAACUGAAUCAACAACUGCACACACCACGGUUUCCAGAACAACUACAACAGGUACAUCUACACCCACAUCCAAACAUAGUACACCAACAUCUCCCAGCUCACCCACACCAUCAGGCACCACACCUGAACCGAGUACAACAUGCACAACUGAAGUAACAGAAACUACAGAAAUUCCAACCACCACAAAGUCUACAACAGUUACACACACACCAGUAUUGCCCACAAGUAUACCAUCCCAAACAGAAACUACAGUCUCCACCACCUCAGCAACACCAGCUGCUAGCACCACAACAUUGCUCACGCCGACGAUAUCAGAGAGCACAACAACAGGAAAUAUAACUGCACACUCCACCACAUCCACAAGCACAUCCACUCCAACAGCAACAAGAGAACAAACCAGCACAACAUCUCCUAUCACCACAACUGAAUCAACAACUGCACACACCACCGUUUCCAGAACAACUACAACAGGUAUAUCUACACCCACAUCCAAACAUAGUACACCAACAUCUCCCAGCUCACCAACACCAUCAGGCCCCACACCUGAACCGAGUACAACACGCACAACUGAAGUAACAGAAACUACAGGAAUUCCAACCACCACAAAGUCUACAACAGUUACACACACACCAGUAGAGCCCACAAGCACACCAUCCCAAACAGAAUCUACAGUCUCCACCACCUCAGCAACACCAACUACUAGUACCACAACAUUGCACACGCUGACAUCAUCAGAGAGCACAACAACAGGAAAUAUAACUACACACUCCACCACAUCCACAAGCACAUCCACUCCAACAACAACAAUAGAACAAACAGGCACAACAUCUCCUAUCAUCACAAAUCAAUCUACAACUGCACACACCACGGUUUCCAGAACAACUACAACAGGUAAAUCUACACCCACAUCCAAACAUAGUACACCAACAUCUCCCAGCUCACCAACACCAUCAGGCACCACACCUGAACCGAGUACAACACGCACAACUGAAGUAUCAGAAACACCAAAAAUUUCAACCACCACAAAGUCUACAACAGUUACACGCACACCAGUAGAGCUCACAAGCACACCAUCCCAAACAGAAACUACAGUCUCCACCACCUCAGCAACACCAACUACUAGUACCACAACAUUGCACACGCUGACAUCAUCAGAGAGCACAACAACAGGAAAUAUAACUACACACUCCACCACAUCCACAAGCACAUCCACUCCGACAACAACAAUAGAACAAACCAGCACAACAUCUCCUAUCACCACAACUGAAUCAACAACUGCACACACCACCGUUUCCAGAACAACUACAACAGGUACAUCUACACCCACAUCCAAACAUAGUACACCAACAUCUCCCAGCUCACCAACACCAUCAGGCACCACACCUGAACCGAGUACAACACGCACAACUGAAGUAACAGAAACUACAGGAAUUCCUACCACCACAAAGUCUACAACAGUUACACACACACCAGUAGAGCCCACAAGCACACCAUCCCAAACAGAAACUACAGUCUCCUUCACCUCAGCAACACCAACUACUAGCACCACAACAUUGCACACGCUGACAUCAUCAGAGAGCACAACAACAGGAAAUAUAACUACACACUCCACCACAUCCACAAGCACAUCCACUCCAACAACAACAAUAGAACAAACCAGCACAACAUCUCCUAUCACCACAACUGAAUCAACAACUGCACACACCACGGUUUCCAGAACAACUACAACAGGUACAUCUACACCCAAAUCCAAACAUAGUACACCAACAUCUCCCAGCUCAUCCACACCAUCAGGCACCACACCUGAACCGAGUACAACACACACAACUGAAGUAACAGAAACUACAGAAAUUCCAACCACCACAAAGUCUACAACAGUUACACACAUACCAGUAGAGCCCACAAGCACACCAUCCCAAACAGAAUCUACAGUCUCCACCACCUCAGCAACACCAACUACUAGUACCACAACAUUGCACACGCUGACAUCAUCAGAGAGCACAACAACAGGAAAUAUAACUACACCCUCCACCACAUCCACAAGCACAUCCACUCCAACAGCAACAAUAGAACAAACCAGCACAACAUCUCCUAUCACCACAACUGAAUCAACAACUGCACACACCACGGUUUCCAGAACAACUACAACAGGUAUAUCUACACCCACAUCCAAACAUAGUACACCAACAUCUCCCAGCUCACCAACACCAUCAGGCACCACACCUGAACAGAGUACAACACGCACAACUGAAGUAUCAGAAACUACAGAAAUUCCAACCACCACAAAGUCUACAACAGUUACACACAUACCAGUAGAGCCCACAAGCACACCAUCCCAAACAGAAUCUACAGUCUCCACCACCUCAGCAACACCAACUACUAGUACCACAACAUUGCACACGCUGACAUCAUCAGAGAGCACAACAACAGGAAAUAUAACUACACACUCCACCAUAUCCACAAGCACAUCCACUCCAACAACAACAAUAGAACAAACCAGCACAACAUCUCCUAUCACCACAACUGAAUCAACAACUGCACACACCACGGUUUCCAGAACAACUACAACAGGUACAUCUACACCCACAUCCAAACAUAGUACACCAACAUCUCCCAGCUCACCCACACCAUCAGGCACCACACCUGAACCGAGUACAACAUGCACAACUGAAGUAACAGAAACUACAGAAAUUCCAACCACCACAAAGUCUACAACAGUUACACACACACCAGUAUUGCCCACAAGUAUACCAUCCCAAACAGAAACUACAGUCUCCACCACCUCAGCAACACCAGCUGCUAGCACCACAACAUUGCUCACGCCGACGAUAUCAGAGAGCACAACAACAGGAAAUAUAACUGCACACUCCACCACAUCCACAAGCACAUCCACUCCAACAGCAACAAGAGAACAAACCAGCACAACAUCUCCUAUCACCACAACUGAAUCAACAACUGCACACACCACCGUUUCCAGAACAACUACAACAGGUAUAUCUACACCCACAUCCAAACAUAGUACACCAACAUCUCCCAGCUCACCAACACCAUCAGGCCCCACACCUGAACCGAGUACAACACGCACAACUGAAGUAACAGAAACUACAGGAAUUCCAACCACCACAAAGUCUACAACAGUUACACACACACCAGUAGAGCCCACAAGUAUACCAUCCCAAACAGAAACUACAGUCUCCACCACCUCAGCAACACCAGCUACUAGCACCACAACAUUGCUCACGUCGACGAUAUCAGAGAGCACAACAACAGGAAAUAUAACUGCACACUCCACCACAUCCACAAGCACAUCCACUCCAACAUCAACAAUAGAACAAACAGGCAUAACAUCUCCUAUCAUCACAACUGAAUCAACAACUGCAAACACCACGGUUUCCAGAACAACUACAACAGGUACAUCUACACCCACAUCCAAACAUAGUACACCAACAUCUCCCAGCUCACCAACCCCAUCAGGCACCACUCCUGAACCGAGUACAACACGCACAACUGAAGUAUCAGAAACACCAAAAAUUUCAACCACCACAAAGUCUACAACAGUUACACACACACCAGUAGAGCCCACAAGCACACCAUCCCAAACAGAAACUACAGUCUCCACCACCUCAGCAACACCAACUACUAGUACCACAACAUUGCACACGCUGACAUCAUCAGAGGGCACAACAACAGGAAAUAUAACUGAACACUCCACCACAUCCACAAGCACAUCCACUCCAACAGCAACAAUAGAACAAACCAGCACAACAUCUCCUAUCACCACAACUGAAUCAACAACUGCACACACCACGGUUUCCAGAACAACUACAACAGGUACAUCUACACCCACAUCCAAACAUAGUACACCAACAUCUCCCAGCUCACCCACACCAUCAGGCACCACACCUGAACCGAGUACAACAUGCACAACUGAAGUAACAGAAACUACAGAAAUUCCAACUACCACAAAGACUACACCAGUUUCACACACACCAGUAUUGCCCACAAGUAUACCAUCCCAAACAGAAACUACAGUCUCCACCACCUCAGCAACACCAGCUACUAGCACCACAACAUUGCUCACGUCGACGAUAUCAGAGAGCACAACAACAGGAAAUAUAACUGCACACUCCACCACAUCCACAAGCACAUCCACUCCAACAUCAACAAUAGAACAAACAGGCAUAACAUCUCCUAUCAUCACAACUGAAUCAACAACUGCAAACACCACGGUUUUCAGAACAACUACAACAGGUACAUCUGCAGCCACAUCCAAACAUAGCACACCAACAUCUCCCAGCUCACCAACACCAUCAGGCACCACACCUGAACCGAGUACAACACGCACAACUGAAGUAACAGAAACUGCAGGAAUUCCUACCACCACAAAGUCUACAACAGUUACACACACACCAGUAGAGCCCACAAGCAUACCAUCGCAAACAGAAACUACAGUCUCCACCACCUCAGCAACACCAACUACUAGUACCACAACAUUGCACACGCCGACAUCAUCAGAGGGCACAACAACAGGAAAUAUAACUGAACACUCCACCACAUCCACAAGCACAUCCACUCCAACAGCAACAAUAGAACAAACCAGCACAACAUCUCCUAUCACCACAACUGAAUCAACAACUGCACACACCACCGUUUCCAGAACAACUACAACAGGUACAUCUACAGCCACAUCCAAACAUAGUACACCAACAUCUCCCAGCUCACCCACACCAUCAGGCACCACACCUGAACUGAGUACAACAUGCACAACUGAAGUAACAGAAACUACAGAAAUUCCAACUACCACAAAGUCUACACCAGUUUCACACACACCAGUAUUGCCCACAAGUAUACCAUCCCAAACAGAAACUACAGUCUCCACCACCUCAGCAACACCAGCUACUAGCACCACAACAUUGCUCACGUCGACGAUAUCAGAGAGCACAACAACAGGAAAUAUAACUGCACACUCCACCACAUCCACAAGCACAUCCACUCCAACAUCAACAAUAGAACAAACAGGCAUAACAUCUCCUAUCAUCACAACUGAAUCAACAACUGCAAACACCACGGUUUCCAGAACAACUACAACAGGUACAUCUACACCCACAUCCAAACAUAGUACACCAACAUCUCCCAGCUCACCAACCCCAUCAGGCACCACUCCUGAACCGAGUACAACACGCACAACUGAAGUAUCAGAAACACCAAAAAUUUCAACCACCACAAAGUCUACAACAGUUACACACACACCAGUAGAGCCCACAAGCACACCAUCCCAAACAGAAACUACAGUCUCCACCACCUCAGCAACACCAACUACUAGUACCACAACAUUGCACACGCUGACAUCAUCAGAGGGCACAACAACAGGAAAUAUAACUGAACACUCCACCACAUCCACAAGCACAUCCACUCCAACAGCAACAAUAGAACAAACCAGCACAACAUCUCCUAUCACCACAACUGAAUCAACAACUGCACACACCACCGUUUCCAGAACAACUACAACAGGUACAUCUACAGCCACAUCCAAACAUAGUACACCAACAUCUCCCAGCUCACCCACACCAUCAGGCACCACACCUGAACUGAGUACAACAUGCACAACUGAAGUAACAGAAACUACAGAAAUUCCAACUACCACAAAGUCUACACCAGUUUCACACACACCAGUAUUGCCCACAAGUAUACCAUCCCAAACAGAAACUACAGUCUCCACCACCUCAGCAACACCAGCUACUAGCACCACAACAUUGCUCACGUCGACGAUAUCAGAGAGCACAACAACAGGAAAUAUAACUGCACACUCCACCACAUCCACAAGCACAUCCACUCCAACAUCAACAAUAGAACAAACAGGCAUAACAUCUCCUAUCAUCACAACUGAAUCAACAACUGCAAACACCACGGUUUCCAGAACAACUACAACAGGUACAUCUACACCCACAUCCAAACAUAGUACACCAACAUCUCCCAGCUCACCAACCCCAUCAGGCACCACUCCUGAACCGAGUACAACACGCACAACUGAAGUAUCAGAAACACCAAAAAUUUCAACCACCACAAAGUCUACAACAGUUACACACACACCAGUAGAGCCCACAAGCACACCAUCCCAAACAGAAACUACAGUCUCCACCACCUCAGCAACACCAACUACUAGUACCACAACAUUGCACACGCUGACAUCAUCAGAGGGCACAACAACAGGAAAUAUAACUGAACACUCCACCACAUCCACAAGCACAUCCACUCCAACAGCAACAAUAGAACAAACCAGCACAACAUCUCCUAUCACCACAACUGAAUCAACAACUGCACACACCACCGUUUCCAGAACAACUACAACAGGUACAUCUACACCCACAUCCAAACAUAGUACACCAACAUCUCCCAGCUCACCCACACCAUCAGGCACCACACCUGAACCGAGUACAACAUGCACAACUGAAGUAACAGAAACUACAGAAAUUCCAACUACCACAAAGUCUACACCAGUUUCACACACACCAGUAUUGCCCACAAGUAUACCAUCCCAAACAGAAACUACAGUCUCCACCACCUCAGCAACACCAGCUACUAGCACCACAACAUUGCUCACGUCGACGAUAUCAGAGAGCACAACAACAGGAAAUAUAACUGCACACUCCACCACAUCCACAAGCACAUCCACUCCAACAUCAACAAUAGAACAAACAGGCAUAACAUCUCCUAUCAUCACAACUGAAUCAACAACUGCAAACACCACGGUUUCCAGAACAACUACAACAGGUACAUCUGCAGCCACAUCCAAACAUAGCACACCAACAUCUCCCAGCUCACCAACACCAUCAGGCACCACACCUGAACCGAGUACAACACGCACAACUGAAGUAACAGAAACUGCAGGAAUUCCUACCACCACAAAGUCUACAACAGUUACACACACACCAGUAGAGCCCACAAGCAUACCAUCGCAAACAGAAACUACAGUCUCCACCACCUCAGCAACACCAACUACUAGUACCACAACAUUGCACACGCCGACAUCAUCAGAGGGCACAACAACAGGAAAUAUAACUGAACACUCCACCACAUCCACAAGCACAUCCACUCCAACAGCAACAAUAGAACAAACCAGCACAACAUCUCCUAUCACCACAACUGAAUCAACAACUGCAAACACCACGGUUUCCAGAACAACUACAACAGGUACAUCUACAGCCACAUCCAAACAUAGUACACCAACAUCUCCCAGCUCACCAACCCCAUCAGGCACCACUCCUGAACCGAGUACAACACGCACAACUGAAGUAUCAGAAACACCAAAAAUUUCAACCACCACAAAGUCUACAACAGUUACACACACACCAGUAGAGCCCACAAGCACACCAUCCCAAACAGAAACUACAGUCUCCACCACCUCAGCAACACCAACUACUAGUACCACAACAUUGCACACGCCGACAUCAUCAGAGGGCACAACAACAGGAAAUAUAACUGAACACUCCACCACAUCCACAAGCACAUCCACUCCGACAGCAACAAUAGAACAAACCAGCACAACAUCUCCUAUCACCACAACUGAAUCAACAACUGCACACACCACCGUUUCCAGAACAACUACAACAGGUACAUCUACACCCACAUCCAAACAUAGUACACCAACAUCUCCCAGCUCACCCACACCAUCAGGCACCACACCUGAACCGAGUACAACAUGCACAACAGAAGUAACAGAAACUACAGAAAUUCCAACUACCAGAAAGUCUACACCAGUUUCACACACACCAGUAUUGCCCACAAGUAUACCAUCCCAAACAGAAACUACAGUCUCCACCACCUCAGCAACACCAGCUACUAGCACCACAACAUUGCUCACGCCGACGAUAUCAGAGAGCACAACAACAGGAAAUAUAACUGCACACUCCACCACAUCCACAAGCACAUCCACUCCAACAUCAACAAUAGAACAAACAGGCAUAACAUCUCCUAUCAUCACAACUGAAUCAACAACUGCAAACACCACGGUUUCCAGAACAACUACAACAGGUACAUCUGCAGCCACAUCCAAACAUAGCACACCAACAUCUCCCAGCUCACCAACACCAUCAGGCACCACUCCUGAACCGAGUACAACACGCACAACUGAAGUAUCAGAAACUACAGAAAUUCCAACCACCACAAAGUCUACAACAGUUACACACAUACCAGUAGAGCCCACAAGCACACCAUCCCAAACAGAAUCUACAGUCUCCACCACCUCAGCAACACCAACUACUAGUACCACAACAUUGCACACGCCGACAUCAUCAGAGAGCACAACAACAGGAAAUAUAACUGAACACUCCACCACAUCCACAAGCACAUCCACUCCGACAACAACAAUAGAACAAACAGGCACAACAUCUCCUAUCAUCACAACUGAAUCAACAACUGCAAACACCACGGUUUCCAGAACAACUACAACAGGUACAUCUACACCCACAUCCAAACAUAGUACACCAACAUCUCCCAGCUCACCAACACCAUCAGGCACCACACCUGAACCGAGUACAACACGCACAACUGAAGUAACAGAAACUACAGGAAUUCCUACCACCACAAAGUCUACAACAGUUACACACACACCAGUAGAGCCCACAAGCACACCAUCGCAAACAGAAACUACAGUCUCCACCACCUCAGCAACACCAACUACUAGUACCACAACAUUGCACACGCCGACAUCAUCAGAGGGCACAACAACAGGAAAUAUAACUGAACACUCCACCACAUCCACAAGCACAUCCACUCCAACAGCAACAAUAGAACAAACCAGCACAACAUCUCCUAUCAUCACAACUGAAUCAACAACUGCAAACACCACCGUUUCCAGAACAACUACAACAGGUACAUCUACACCCACAUCCAAACAUAGUACACCAACAUCUCCCAGCUUACCAACACCAUCAGGCACCACACCUGAACCGAGUACAACAUGCACAACUGAAGUAACAGAAACUACAGGAAUUCCAACCACCACAAAGUCUACAACAGUUACACACACACCAGUAGAGCCCACAAGCACACCAGCCCAAACAGAAACUACAGUCUCCACCUCAGCAACACCAGCUACUAGCACCACAAGAUUGCACACGCCGACAUCAUCAGAGAGCACAACAACAGGAAAUAUAACUGAACACUCCACCACAUCCACAAGCACAUCCCCUCCAACAGCAAUAAUAGAACAAACCAGCACAACAUCUCCUAUCACCACAACUGAAUCAACAACUGCACACACCACCGUUUCCAGAACAACUACAACAGGUACAUCUACACCCACAUCCAAACAUAGUACACCAACAUCUCCCAGCUCACCAACACCAUCAGGCACCACACCUGAACCGAGUACAACGUGCACAACUGAAGUAUCAGAAACUACAGGAAUUUCAACCACCAUAAUGUCUGCAACUGUUACACACAUACCAGUCGUGUCCACAAGCAUACCAUCCCACAUAGUAACUACAGUAUCCCCCACCGUCGAACAAACCAGCACGGCAACUCCUUUCAUCACAACUGAAUCAACAACUGCACACACCGUGAUUUCCACAACAAGUACAACAGGUACAGCUACACCCACAGCCACACCCAUGAUAUCCACAACUCCAGUCAAUGCUACAAGUACAGAAUCUGGGAGUACCACUGGACCGAGCAUUGAAACGACACGUACCACAGUACGCACAACUGAACCAACAGAGAGUACUGAAACAGCUGUGCCCUCUGUUUCUGUAGGCAGCACACAAUUUUCUACAAGAUCAGCAGGUACAUUUUCUUCUACUUCAACUGCAAAUCCUCCUGUAACUACAACCACACCUUCCACAUCAUCAACUUCCAUAACUUUUUCAACUUUGCCUUCCAUAUCCCUUUCCUCACUUUCAACCAAAUCCAGAACCACACUUUCUUCUUCGCUACCUGCAUCAUCAGCAUUUUCCCUACCCUCAUCUUCUCUCACAACUACAACACAACUAUCACCCUCGACAUCAACUACCACCAUUCCACCUUCAGCAGGACUGAACGCUACCACACCUGCAUCCAUAAGUAGUACAGUAACCACCACUCACAGUGGAAUCACAGAAUCAGCCAGAAUGACUUCAACUUCUGGCAAAGUCACGAUUAAUCAGUCUACCUUGUCACCCACCACCUGGAGCAUGACCACUGCUGUCACCGUUCGACUCUCACCUCCUGGAUCAACAGCUGCCCUGUCUGGAACGACGAUCAAGAUGCCCUCAACUGUUUCAUCUCCAUUUACUGGUUCCAUGGAGUAUUCUACCCUUUCUCCCCAUGUCAGUUUUUCAUCUGCCAACACUGAAUGUUUCUGUGCUGUGAAUGGAACAUUGUAUCCCCAAGGUGAAAUUAUAUAUAACUACACAGAUAAUGCUGGGUUUUGCAUUUAUGCAAUAUGUAAUGAAACCUGUAACAUUGAAAAGCAUAUCUGGCCUUGUGGAAGCACAAAGCCUCCUUUCACAAAUGUACCUACAAGCAAUAUCAGCCAUUCAACAAAGCCAACGGAAUCAACCAUAAAACCUGUAGGGUGCCCUGACUUAAAUCCUCCAAGAGAUUACAAUGAGACCUGGUUGAAAUGUGACUGCAUGAUGGCAAGAUGUAUAGAUAAAGAUAUAAUUUCCUUAAAACCCGUGGUGUGUCCCACUGUUGAACCCAUUAAAUGUGCCAAUGGUCGUCUACCUGUCAAAGUUUAUGAUGAAUAUCAUUGUUGCUACCAUUACGAAUGCGACUGUUAUUGUAAUGGAUGGGGACGCUCACACGUAGUGACAUUUGAUGGUCGGUAUUACAGUUAUGAGGGAAGCUGCAGCUAUGUUCUUGUGGAAGAAACAAGUCCAUCCCUUCAAAAUUUUGGUGUUUACAUUGACAAUUCCUACUGUGACACCCAAGACAGUCUUACCUGUCAGCGUGGUAUUACUGUGAAAUUUGAAAAUCUUAACAUACAGGUCACAAAUAUCAAUCCAAGUGGAAUUCAAAAUCUGGUAACAAUUAAUGGAAGUAUUGCACCACUUCCGUACAUAAGAGAUAACGUGAGGAUCUUCAGGUUGGGCAUUAACAUAAUGGUUCAUAUUCCCAAAAUAAAAGCUCUCAUCACCUCCAGUGGUUUAGCUUUUGAAAUUAAACUUCCAAGUGAACAAUUUGGAAAUAAAACACAGGGGCAUUGUGGAACAUGUAAUAAUAUUCAGAAUGAUGACUGUAUGCUGCCCAGUGGACAGAUAGUAUCCUCCUGUUCUGAAAUGGUUGAUUACUGGCAAAACAAAGUUCCCAGUAAGCCGGGCUGUAAUGGACCAUCCACACCACUGACUACAGCACGACCUCAAGUGACAAUCCUUCCUCAAACAACUCAACAACCUUGCAAAUCUAACUCUCUUUGCAAGCUCAUUACAAGCAAGCUAUUUGAAAAAUGCCAUGCCUUUGUUCUACCAGACUCCUACUACCAGGCAUGCGUGCAUGAUGAGUGCCUGACAACAAGUACCUCGGUAGUGUGUGCAAGUUUGCAGACUUAUGCAACUACAUGUAUGACUCACGGUAUUUGCAUUGACUGGAGAAAUUACACACAUGGAGAAUGUCCUUUUGAUUGUCCUUCAAACAAGAUUUAUAAAGCAUGUGGGAUCUUUGAAAAGGAACAUACCUGCCGUUCAAGCUCUUCAGAUUGGACUGGUCUUAACUUAUCAGAAGGAUGUUUUUGCUCACCGGGUACUAUCCUAUUCAGCCCUGACUCCGACCUUUGUGUUGAUAAAUGUGGAUGCCUCGGACCUGAUGGGUUACCCAAAGAGUUUGAUGAAACAUUUAAGUUCAACUGCCAGGACUGCAUCUGUGACAAGAUCACACAUCAAGUCAUCUGUCAGCCUUACAGCUGUCCUGACUACCCAGCAAUAACCUGUGAUGGAGAAGGAUUUGUCAGUGUUAAUGUAACAAUCACUGAUGAUAAUUGUUGCACUAAACCUGUGUGCAGGUGCAACAACGACCUUUGCCCUCCGUCAGAUAUUCAGUGUCAGCUUGGAUUUAAGGCAUCAUCAAAGAUUCCAGAAGGGAAGUGUUGCCCAGUUCAUUCUUGUGAGCCACUGCAUGUUUGUGUAAAUAAAGGGUCAAUGUAUUACGCCGGUGAAAUUAUUCCUCUCAGUGAAUGCCAAAUGUGUACUUGCAGCAAUGAGACGGAUCCAGCUAGUCAGCUGAAUAUCAUGUUUUGUUGGAAUAAAGAAUGUAACAAGGACUGUGCACAAGGGUCUGAGUACCAAGAGGUGCCUGGUGAAUGCUGUGGUAAAUGUGUCCAGACGCAAUGUGUGAUACACCCUGGAGAUCAACCUGUCCAUCUUCUGCCGCCUGGCAAAGAAUGGCCUUCACCUUAUGACAAGUGCAUAACUUAUAAAUGUGUGAAAAUUAAUGAGAGUUUAAUUUCAACCAGUUCCAAGGCAGUCUGCCCUGAUUUUGAUCCAGAAAACUGCAAACCAGGCACAAUUAUUACAACUGAAAAUGGCUGUUGCAAGACCUGUCAAGAGAAAGAGAGUUGCAAGCGUGAAAAGAAAAUGGUCCAUAUUAAUUAUGAGGGAUGUAAAUCAAUACAGAAAGUGGAAGUAGCUGAAUGUGAAGGAACAUGUGGCACUAACUCUAUGUAUUCACCAGAAGUAAAUUUAAUGAAGCACAAAUGUACUUGCUGUAAAGAGAUGAUGACACAUAAAAGAGAAACGGUUUUGAUGUGCCCCGAUGGAAACACUAUUCAUCAUUCAUAUAUCUAUGUCGAUACCUGUGAUUGUGUGGAAAACAAAUGUGAAGAUCAAACCAACUCAACCAUUAGCAACAGAAUGUAUAAAGUCUCUCGAACAAAACGCAGUCCAUCCAGGGGCAAGGAGUCUGGAGAUUAUCACCACUUAAUGAAUUCAAGACAAGAGACAGGCAGCACUAGCUUUAACAAUGCAAGUGAGCCAAAUAAACGUAAAGUGGAAGGAAAUCUACAAAACCAUCUACAAGAAAAGCUAUGAGAAGAAAGGAAGCAAAGGCAUCACCAGUAAAACAAUUUGAAGCAACUUAAAAAGAAUGGAAUAAAUCAAUAAUGUUAUCAAAUCACAUUAAUUAAUUGGAAAUCUGAAAAAACAUAAUGUUUAGUGCAUUUUUCUUUCCUAUUUGUUACCAAUAAUUUUACCCUCCAAAAUAUAUUCCUUGAUAUUUAUUGUCUUGUCUGAUGAACCAAUGCGUACAAACAAAAAUAAAUGUCUGCCAAUAAUUCAAAAUAAUUAAAUUAUAUACAUAUAUC